UGGGUUCAAUUCCAUUUUUUUAAUUCCAAUUCCAUUUUCAAUCCCAGUUCCCAUUUAUACAAUUCCAAUUCCUAUUUCGUUUUAUGGCGUAGUCUUUACUGAGGUUUAUACCGUAGGCUUUAUCAGGUUACCUGACAACUUCAUUAAUUUAUAUAAAGCCUUUGUUGCAAAAUGAUUGGAAUAGGAAUUUGAAUUGAUUACAAGAGAAGUGGGAUUAGAAUUGAAAAAAUGAAAUUGAACCCAACUCUGGUGCCUGGUGGUCAACUCCUAAGACAAACUAAAGUUAAUAAACUAACUGUCAAACUUAAUUAACACAGCACCCAUACACACAAAUGCAGCAGCAAUACAGGAGCAAUAUUCAAGACAUGCACAAAAUUAUUUUACAGAAUGGCGAAGCAACUCGCCAGAACUGAAAACAUCUAAUUGCUUGGCGACUUCAGGUUUUUUUUAUCAGGAGCUCUAACAAUUUCCAAAUGUUUACAUGCCAUUUUGUAGCGAUGAGGUGCACUCGUGAAAAUCAGAAUACAAAAUGAGGCAAUGAUAUGACAGCGAUUCUGGAAAGAUUGAAUAAACCAAUCGAUGUACCUCAAGACACUCUCGCGAAGACAAGUCACAUUUGAAAAGAUUGAAUAAAUCAUUUGAAUUUAAGUUUGAUUGUGAUGAUGAGUUAUCAGGAUACAAAUCAGUACUGUAUCAGUUGUAAACAAAUUGCUAGCGGUGCCAAAAAGGUGUGUGUGUGUGUUUUUUUUUUAAAGUGAAGUUCCUGUUCCUUUAGCCGGCGCAUUUACAAUGGGAAAAAUCAGUUUCACCACAAGGGUGUUCCCUUAGGCGAAGUGUUCUCUUAGGAGGUGUUCCUAUACACAGAGACAUUAUUUAUAUAUAUAUUUGCUGUUUGGCUCAACGAAUAGAACAUUGUUGAUACCAGUAAACAAAGUAUUUUAUUUUAAACCAAAAAGAUGUGGUGUAAUUGCUUCAGCUGACUCUCAGACAAACAUCUCUGCCGCAUAAUUUUCAUGGUCCAACAAAAGUUGUGGCAAUUGCCUCCAAAACACUAGCUUGAAUCUAAAUACAGAGGCGUCCUUCCCACUAACAUUGACAGUGAAUUGCAAGCCCUGUGUUCAGUAGGAGAGCUGUGUAAUAUAAACAAAACAAUGUGAUGUGAUGGUGUGUGAAACCUAUGACUUGCAUACUGUCAUGAAUAUCAGAACACCUCACUGAUAUUCAGUGACACAAAAUGGCAUGAUUGUCAAAACUAGAAGUUCAACUGGUCAUGCAUUACUAUGAUUAUUAUGUUAUUAAAUUAGACAGUUGGCAACAAUGUAUUGAUAUGGGCCCUGGAUUAUUUUGUUGUAUCUGUUUCUUUCACAACAGACAGUAGGAGAGCAGUUCCUGAUGUUGUGUGAGGUCUCUGAAUGUGGUGCAAUGUCCAUCUCAUUAAGGCUCACUUACACUUGCUGAAUAUUACUCGUUUCCCUUUCAAGUACGAAAUGUAACCAUUACCAAAUGGGUAUUUAACACCUAAAGACCCGAAACCUGAAUAAGAUAUAACAAAGCUGCCUGUCCCCGAGGGUAUAAAGAACUGCACGCACAGAUCGAAGUGCCAUUUUACCUUUCAAGAACUGGCCUGACAGCCUGUUGUUUGUUACAUCUUGCUUCAGCCUUGUGCAUUGCGUGAAGCCAGCGGCUUGAGUCGCUCCUUCCCAGGGAUCAAGCAACGUAAGUCAGCCGACUUUGUGCUCGCCCCGCAGGCUGGAAUAGCUCCAUCUGGAGUUGUUUCAUUCUUGUUUUGACUUCGGCCAAAAUUACGAGAUGGUUUGUAUAAUGUGUUAAGUAAUUGCUAUUACUGUAUUUUGUUGAGAGAAAUAUUUUUCUUUUCUCAUUCUGUUAUUCUGUUUUCACAGAGACUAAGCACAGGCCUGUCUGCAGCGUGUGCUGCGGCACAUAUGUAGUGACAGCAGCUGCUGGGCAAGACCGAGAGGUGGCUUCAUUAAUAAGAACCUGAUCUGUUUGUCAAAACUGAGUGGGCAGGCUGUAGGUAGAAACCUGGCUGCGCUGGUAGCCACACACAGGCAGCUUUGGCUUUCCCAGGCACACGGUACGGGGACAAAGCACCGCUGUUGGAUGACCCUAUUACACCAGGGCAUACCUUUUGCUCCUGGGUGGACGAGAUACUGCAGUGCUCUCACUGGGCGUGUGAAUCCACGAAUGAGCUGGUGCGCUUGUUUCCCAAGCGACCACCCCCAGUGCUCAAACCAUUGGCAAACUGGUGCCCUAAGCCCCAACAGCCUCAAAGACCUGCACAGCCGCCUGCGCCUGGUGCCAGAGGUGGUGUCCACAACCGGCCCGCAGCUGCUUGCCGCGGAGGCUACAAUGUGUUCAGCCUCUCGACGCGCAGGCAGAAGCCUCAGGCCAAGUUUUCUGCCACAGGCCCAGGGAGCCAUCUGUAGUAUAGGCGUCAGUGCACCACGGACAUCUGGGUGCUUACUACCGUUCAGACAGGCUACUCACUGCAGUUCAUGCUCGGUCCCCCUCCCUUUCUGGGCGUGACUGUAAUUUCAGUCACGGACCCACAGGACGCCACGGUGGUGUCUGGCAACUCUGCUGCAAAAACAGGCUAUUCCAGUUAGAGGAAGGAUUCUACUCUAGGUACUUCCUAGUGUCCAAGCAGGAUGGUGGCAGACCGAUCCUUGACCUCAGACAGGUCAACCUGUAUCUGAGCCAAAGGAGGUUCAAAAUGUUGACUAUGCAACAGCUGUUACAGUCAAUCAGGCCAAGCGAUUGGUUCACCACAGUCGACCUUAAGGGCGCCUAAUUCCACAUCCCUAUAAAACCAGCGCACAGGAAGUACCUGCGGUUUGCCUUUCAGCAAACGAGUUCCGGGUCUUGCCCUUUGUCCUAUCUCUAGCUCCUCAUACCUUUUCAAAGUGCAUGGAAGGUAUCCUGGCCCCAUUCAAAGGCAUCAGAGUAUCAAUUAUCUGGACAACUGGCUCAUUUGUGUGCAGCACAGGUAAAUGCCCACAUGGAACUUGUCACCUGGCACCUUCAAUGGUUGGGCCUCACAGUGAAUCAUGCAAAGAGCCAGCUCACACCUACUAAGACAGCCUCCUAUCUAGGAGUGUGCUUGGACUCCAGGUGCAUGCUGUCCACUCUGUUGGACGGCAGAGUACAGAGGAUAGUUGCCUGUGUUAGAGCUAUUUCAUCUCAUCAGAGUGCUCAUGGUAGUGACAUUCCAGAAAUGUGGUGGCAUACAGGUCUCCCAACCUUUACCGCGUGGCCCGUAAACUUUUUCACUGGGUACACGAGAACCUUCCUGUCACGGUGGGCAGGACACCUGCCCAGGGUGACAAACUGGGUGGCGGAUCUCUUCUGAAGAGCAGUUCCCAGCGCUUCAUAAUGGAGGCUUCACCCCGAGGUGGUGAGCCUCAUUUGGGUGAGAUUCAGGAGAGCAGAUAUAGAUCUCUUUGCCUCCCUAGAAUAGACCCACAGUCCCCAAGGUAACUGUUAUAUGCCUUCCCACCGCUCGCCAUGCUCCCGCUGUGUCUGGAGAAAAGCCGGACAGGACCGGGCCAAGGUGGUAUUAGUAGCCCUUUAUUGGCCCAGGAGGCUCUGGUUUUCAGCCCUGAUGCAGCUCCUGAGCGGCCAGUCGUGGAGACUGCCCAAGCACCGCAAACUGCUCACUCAAGCUUGGGAGACCUUAUGGCAUCCCGACCCAUCGAGCCUGCAGCUCUGGGUCUGGCCCCUGAACGGCUGCAUUUGAGCCAUCUGGGUCUGUCCAGUAUUGACACCCUGCAAAAUGCCAGAGCAGCGUCCACACGUCCCUAGUAUGGUUACAAGUGGGGUGUCUUUCAAAUGUGUGUGGUGCCUGCCUCGGGGGUUCGACCCCACGACCUGUCCCAUGGCAGUUUUACUGCAGUUUUUGCAGGACCUGUUUGAUGAGGGGAAAUCCCCCUCUACAUUUAAAGGGCUAUCUGCCAGCUAUUUCAGCUUGCAAUUUCAAAACUGACUCAGUUUCCCCAGGAGCUCACAUCCUGGUGGGGCAAUAUUUGAAAGGAGUACGUCGGCUUCAGCCGGCUAUGAAGGAAAUUGUUCCUAGCUGGAGGCUUAACAGGCUCACCGAGACCGAGACCAAACGCACCGAGACCGAGACCAAACGCACCGAGACCGAGACCAAACGCACCGAGACCGAGACCGAGACCAAGACCAAACGCACCGAGACCGAGACCAAGACCAAACGCACCGAGACCAAGACCAAACGCACCGAGACCGAGACCAAACGCACCGAGACCGAGACCGAGACCAAGACCAAACGCACCGAGACCGAGACCAAGACCAAACGCACCGAGACCAAGACCAAACGCACCGAGACCAAGACCAAGACCAAAUGCACCGAGACCGAGACCAAACGCACCGAGACCGAGACCAAGACCAAACGCACCGAGACCGAGACCGAGACCAAGACCAAACGCACCGAGACCGAGACCAAGACCAAACGCACCGAGACCAAGACCAAACGCACGAGACCAAGACCAAGACCAAAUGCACCGAGACCAAGACCAAACGCACCGAGACCGAGACCAAGACCAAACGCACCGAGACCGAGACCAAGACCAAAUGCACCGAGACCAAGACCAAACGCACCGAGACCAAGACCAAGACCAAGACCAAACGCACCGAGACCAAGACCAAGACCAAGACCAAACGCACCGAGACCAAGACCAAACACACCAAGACCGAGACCAAGACCAAACGCACCGAGAGCGAGACCGAGACCAAGACCACGACUGAGACCAAUAUAUUUUUGUUGUGACCAACCUUAUAAACUAAAUUAAUUUUUGCUAGAAGAACAACAAUGUUAAUAACUUUAUUUUUCUUUUGAUAAACAAAAUAAACACAAAAAAUGUAACAACUGACAAAUGUUCUAGUGACUUUUUCCAGUUACGAUCAAUUCAAUUAGGAAUACACCCCCCUGAAAAGGUGUAUAAAACAUUUACAUGAAAUAUUUACAUAUAAUUGGAAACAUCUUAAUAAAAUGUUGAACUUGAAACUUGAAUGAUUUAUUUUGUUAUUCAGAAUCUGCAAUUAUUUUACCCCCUUUUAUACCCCAAUUUGCCAUAACCCUUUGCGGUCCUAUGUCGGACCUGGUCCGACAUUGCAAUUAUUCCUAUCCGGUCCAAUGUCGGACCCUAUCCGACAUCAUCAAAAAGACGCAAAAAACUGGUUUCUAGUCGUUUUUUCUCUGGAAAAAGCUGAGAAAACCAUUCAAUGGCCUAGUGGGAGCGACAGGAGCCGAGACAAGCCGAAAAAAAAGGGCGUAUCUCAUGAAUAGUCAUACUUGCCCCUGACUGCAGAAAAAAAUACUUUUAAACAGCGUGGCUAAAAUUAACUGCGCGUGUGAAAAUAAAUUGGACCUGACGCGCCUGACACGCACUUAAUAAAUGGACUACAAAGGGUUUAUACCUGCUGCAACCCCUGUACUCGGAAGAGAUUAAGUAUAUUGCUGGGACACGUGGAAGCCGAGAGACGCUAGGAUCCUUCCGAACUGAGCUUGACACUUGUGAUACAAUCGCUAGUGUUUGUUGCAUCCUCAACUUCUGCUGAUGUAGAAAAAAAAAAAAAAGUUGGACGAAUCUCCAGGGCUCCAUAUAUAAAGUGUGAUGGUAGCUCCAUUUUUACACGUUGUGUAUUUUGAUUUUUUAUUUAUAUAACAUGAGGCUGUGUGGUCCAGUGGUUAAAGAAAAGGGCUUGUAACCAGGAGGUCCCUGGUUCAAAUCCCACCUCAGCCACUGAUUCAUUGUGUGACCCUGAGCAAGUUACUUAACCUCCUUGUGCUCCGUCUUUCAGGUGAGACGUAGUUGUAAGUGACUCUGCAGCUGAUGCAUAGUUCACACACAGUCUCUGUAAGUCGCCUUGGAUAAAGGCGUUUGUUAAAUAAACAUAAAAAAACACGCAGACCUUUGGUUGUAAUAACUGAUGUUUCGCUAGAUAUAACAGCUAUACACAUGUAAAGCAUUUCACUUACUUUGAAAAAGAAGUUCCCUGCACUUCUGUCACCUUUGUGUUACAAUGCUUGCACUUUGCUGUCCAUUUAUUAUUAUGUUCAUCCAUUUCAAAAUUGAUGUAGGCAAACUGAGUGACGACGGACAGCUUCAAUGCCAUUUGAGCUCAGAGAAGAGAAACUUGCGAGGUCUGAAUUUG